AUGAAAUGCGCGUACCGCGCGAAGGGCGACGCCGGGACGCCCGUCGUCCUCGUGCACGGCUUCGGCGUGAGCUCGUAUCAGUACCGAGACACGAUCGACGCGCUCGCGAAGACGAACAGAGUGUACGCGCUCGACCUCCUCGGGUUUGGUCUGUCCGACCAGCCGGACGUGCCGUACGAGAUGGAGUUCUGGAGAGACCAAGUCUCGCACUUCAUCGAUGACGUCGUGAAAGCGACCGCGGUCGUCGUCGGGAACUCGAUCGGAUCGCUCGCGGCGUUGCACGUCGCCGCGAAAGCGCCCGAACGCGUCGCCGGCGUCGUGCUUCUCAACUGCGCGGGGGGGAUGAACAACAAGGUGAAGCGUCUGCCCGGGGACUUCGACGGGUUCGGGUGGCAGUACAAGGCUGUCGUUCCCGUCUUCAGCGUCGUCCUCGCGAUCAUCGACUUCGUGCUUCGAUUCGACGCCGUCGCGAAGCCGGUGUUCGACGGCGUGCGCGGCGAGGAAAACGUCCGCGGCGCGCUCCGAGGCGUGUACAAAGACCCGACGAGAGUGGACGACGCGCUCGUGGCGUCGAUAUGCGACGCCGCGGAGCGUCCCGGGGCGUUCCGCGCGUUCGUUAGGAUCCUCACCGGGCCGCCGGGGCCGAGGCCGGAGGAGCUGAUGGACGACGUGAGAUGCCCGAUGCUCAUCCUGUGGGGGGACGAGGACGGGAUAACGCCGUUGGACUUUCCGUUGGGGCAGUACUUCGUGAACUUGCCGGAGACGCGGGCCAGGACGACGCUGAAGGUGUUCGAGGGCGAAGGGCACUGUCUGCAGGACGAUAACCCGUCCGCGGUGAGCCCGGUCAUCGGGGAGUGGGUCAACGCGUUGUGA